AUUUGCGUUCUGAUUAAAAAAAAACCGAACUUUUUACCGGAUAUCAACGUAGCAUGAUGAUUUAAAACUACGCGCAUUUGAGAAUCUCUGCUAUCUCCGGACUUACCAAGAACAAUCAUUGCCUAAAAACAUCUUGGCAAUGGAAAAAAUAAAUACCUCUGAAGAUAACAAAAAAAGUAAAUCUUGGUUAUGGCAGAUAUUAGGUCCUGUCUUGAUUGGAAUCGUUUAUUUUUACUACAAAAGCAAUAAAAACUUAGAGUAUAAAAGGUUAAAAAAUGUUUUAAAUGCUCUUUUAUUGCAAGAAAAAAGUGUAAAUAUUUCUACAGACUUGCCUGUUGCAAUUGGAUUUGGAUCUUGCCUUGAUUUACUUGUGGAUGGUGUAUCAUUGAUGAAUGCAAUAACUCAAAAACCACCUAAAGAAAAAAAGUAUCAUGAAAAAAUUAAAAACUUAGAUGAACUAUCUGAGAUGUUUGCAUUGUUUUUCUCCCAAGGAGCUGCAGUCGAGCGUUUUAUUCCAAAAGAUCUUCUGAAUAAAAUGGUUGCCAAAGCUGAACUUCUUCAAUCAGCUCGUUGGGCUGGAGGUGGAAAUGCACCUGUAAUUAGUCACAGGUUUUACAGAGAAGGUUUUCAAAAUAUUUUAGUUGGUGCUCGUGCAUCUCAUAAAUUAAGAUCAUUUUAUUCCCCUAGCAUCCAGUUUUCGGAGCACAUUGAUGAACCUGAAGAUAUUCAUCUUAUUUUAGAAUACAAAGUAGGCGAUAAGUGGGGAGACUUUGUUGCACCAAGAGCUAAUCGUUUUAUUGUACACAGUGAUCAAAUAAACCCGCUUAUUUUAUCUUUAGAAGCUUUUAGCAAUAAACUAAAUCAAAUCAAUCCACGUUUAAUAAUUGUAAGUGCAUUGCAAAUGUUAGAUAAUUUUCCAUUUGAAAAGGGUGUUAGAGAAGAGCGUAUGUUAAAGCUUGCCCAAAUGUUAAAUUCUACAUCAAAAUCAUCUCUUAUUCACUUUGAAAUGGCAUCAUUUAGCGAAGCUGAGAUGAUACGUUCUUUAUUGUUGAAUGUUUUGCCAUAUGUUGAUUCACUAGGUAUGAACGAGCAAGAAUUGCCAAAUCUUGCGAGUAUGGUUAAUAAAGGAACAAUAGUUACAGUUUCUGAUGCUAAUCCAAAAACUGCAAUUAUAUUAGAUGAUAUUAGAGAACUCUAUCAAUAUAGUAAAACAGUUAGUCACAGAGGUUUAUCAAGAAUUCACGUUCAUACACUUUCAUUUCAAGCUAUUCUUAUUAAAAAAGGAUCACAGUGGAAAAAUAACAAAGCUGGAUCGGCAAAAGCUUCGUUAGUGGCUCAUCGCCAUGUUUGUGGAGUUGAUGAAAUUAACUUAAGUAAUGCAAAAAUAAUUAUGGAUGACUCUUUUUCCUUGUCUCUAAAAACACCAAGUGAACGUGUAUAUUUUAAUGAGACUUCGCCUAUUUCUUGCUGGAAUGAGGAUGAUUAUGAACUCUGUUUAGCACCUGUAUUGGUUUGCACUGAUGUCAAACAGACUGUUGGCGGAGGUGAUAAUAUAACUCCUGCUGGUUUGAUUCCACAAAUGUAAAAAUAGAAAAAUAGAAUUUAAAAAAUGUUUCAAAAAAAAAAUAAUAUAUAAAUAUUUUCAAGAAUAUGAAUUUCAAUUUUAAAAAUUGGUUUUUUGAGCUGGUUACAGUUGGUAAGAAAUAAGAAAUUCUAUUUUGAAUUGAAGAUUGCCUCUUUUGUAUGCUAGUUAGAUAAUAUAAUUUAUAAUAAUA